GCUAACAAAUUAGCCAAUUUAGGAUUUCUCUCGUCUUCAUUUGUUUGGCAUGCAGCUUUUCCUAUAUAGAUUCUUCCUUUACUGCAUUCAGAUUUAUUGGGUAUGCUGGUCUACCUGUUUGCCUCCCCUUUUUUAUGUGUGAUUAUUUUUUAUUUAAUCUUUUGAAUUUUUUGUUUUUGUUAUGCAACUUGUUUUGCAGGUUUUUACCUCUUAGGUUUUAUAUUAGAGGGCCUCUCUUUUUCUUGCAUUUUCUUUUUCAAAAUGGGUAAGGUGUAUGUCCUUAUUCUUUUCUUGUAUUUUUGUUUUUUGUGCUUUAUGAGAGGUAAUGUUUAUGUUCCUUGACUAUAUGUAACUCUUUUUCUUUCAUAUCAAUAAAUUUUUCUCAUACCGUCGUAGUUCUAAAAAAAGAGGGAAUGAAAUAUGUAACAAUGUCCAUAUAGCGUAUUUCUAGUGAGAAAUAAAAAUAUACUUCUCGAGCGAGUAGCCACAAUGCCAGGAAAAAAAUUGAGCUUACACAAAUCUUUGAUGCGGAUGCAGUUACGAAGAAAGGCUUUGAUUUCUGCUAUCUCCUUCAAAGGCUCAGAACUUCAGGUGUGGAAGCAAAACACUCUCGGGGGACUCAGAUUAUGCUUCUUCCACACUUGAAGCAAUUUCCAUUUCCUCAAAAGCUCGGAACUUGCUUCUGCUCAUCAUCUCACUCUGCUCUUCAUCUUCUCCACACACUCUCACCCAAUCCCUCCGCCGACUUAGCUGCUUCCCUACAGGGCCGUAUUUCACACCCUCGUCUCCUUCAAAUCCACGCUCAUGUCUUUCAGCUCGGCGCUCACCAGGACAACCUGAUCGCCACUCGCCUCAUCGGCCAUUACCCGUCUCACCUCGCUCUCCGAGUCUUUCGUCAGCUCCGAAAACCCAACAUUUUCUCUUUCAAUGCAAUCAUCAGGGUCUUGGCUGAAGAGGGUCUCUUCUCCCAUGCAUUUUCACUCUUCAAAUGCUUAAAACAGAUCUCUCUUUUGCCUAAUGAUUUCACCUUCUCGUUCCUUCUCAAGGCCUCUUUUCGCACCCAAAACCCUCGUUAUGUCAAACAGAUUCAAACCCAUGCUACGAAAAUGGGGUUUCUUUGCAAUGCAUUUGUUUGCAAUAGCCUGCUUGCCGUGUAUGCUCGCGGACUUAAAGAUUUGGCUUCUGCACGUCUGGUGUUUGAUGAAAUGCCUGAGACGGGUGAUGUUUACUGUUGGACAUCGUUGAUUGCGGGUUAUGCUCAGUCAGGCCAGAGUGAGGAAGUGUUGCGGCUUUUCUUAAUGAUGGUUAAUGAAAAUUUGCGGCCGGAAGAUGAUACAAUGGUUAGCGUCUUGUCAGCGUGUUCGAAUCUUGAGAUGGUUGCAGUUGAGAAAUGGGUUGAGAUCCUGUCCGACGUUAUCGAUAAUGUUGACACUAAGAAUUCUGGUUGCGACUCUGUCAACACUGUCCUUGUAUAUCUGUAUGGGAAAUGGGGAAAGGUUAAGAAAAGUAGGGAAAGAUUUGAUGAAAUUGGUGAUAAUGGAAAGCAAAGCGUGCUUGCUUGGAAUGCCAUGAUAGGUGCAUAUGUUCAGAAUGGUUGUCCUCUGGAGUCUCUGAGUCUUUUCCGCUUAAUGGUAGAAAAUCCCAGUUAUAGGCCUAACCAUGUUACAAUGGUUAACGUGCUUUCAGCUUGCGCGCAAAUUGGCGAUUUAGACCUUGGUUCAUGGGUUCACCAAUACCUGAACUCUAAAGGAAGCAAGGGUGUAAUUCGGUCAAACAGAAUUCUAGCCACAGCAUUGAUCGACAUGUAUUCAAAAUGCGGGAGUUUGCAGAGGGCAAAAGAAGUUUUUGAUCAGAUGCUCACAAAAGAUAUUGUUUCAUUCAAUGCCAUGAUCAUGGGUCUUGCGGUUAACAGUGAAGGAGAGGAGGCUUUGAGGCUAUUCCCUAAAAUCCAAGAGUUUGGUUUGCAACCCAAUGCGGGUACAUUCCUCGGUGCCUUAUGUGCAUGCAGCCACUCUGGUUUAUCGGAGAAAGGACGUCAAAUAUUUAAAGAUAUGACCUCCAGAUUUUCUGUUUAUCCGAAAUUAGAACAUUAUGCUUGCUACAUUGAUCUCCUGGCAAGAGUAGGCCUAGUUGAAGAAGCUUUGGAUGUUGUAAAUUCCAUGCCCUUUGAGCCUAAUAGUUUUGUGUGGGGUGCUCUGCUCGGCGGCUGCCUACUCCACUCUAGAGUAGAUUUGGCUCAAUAUGUUUCCAAUAGACUGGCUCAAGUGGAUCCUGAGAAUUCUGGAGGCUUUGUGAUGCUAGCUAAUACAUUGGCAUCUGAUCAUCGAUGGGGAGAUGUCUCUGGGUUGCGGCGGUUUAUGAGGGAGAAGGGGGUGGCCAAGCAGCCCGGCUGUAGUUGGAUCAGCAUCAAUGGUGUUGUGCAAGAAUUUGUUGUCGGGUGCCCUUCGCAUCCUCAAGUUGAGAUCAUAUAUAAUACUCUAGAUGGAUUGGUGAAGCAAAUGAAGAUAGCAAGUUUUUAGGGAGUUCACAAGCACCCAAGGAAAAUAAGGUUUCUGCAUUCGAAUAAACUCAUGCAAUGGACUUGUGACUCAAGUGAUUAAGAGCAUUUAUGCUUACUACUGCGGUUAUGUACUUGAUCCUUCCUCCCUCAACAUCAUUUAUUAAAAAAGGGAAAAAUAAUGAUCAAUGUGCCUCCUCUUCUGUAUCAUCUUGGUGUGUGUAUUUUACCUUGGUACACCACUACAUUGCAAUCCAACAAGCAGUCUCACAGACUUGAAAGAGAUCCUCCCCUUCUGAAGGAACUGCGCUUCCCAGGCCAACUUUGGUGUUCAGCAAUUUUUUUUUUCAUUUUUUUCCGCUAAUGAGAAUUUCGUGUUUUAUGAUGGAAAAUGAUUGUAUAGUGAAAGGCUUAACUACAUCUAAACCUGUUGAAACUCAAUUUAAGUCUCACUCAAUUCCUUGAAA